AUGGAAGGCCUCGAGAUGCAAGGGCCGGACGACUCCUUCUGCGACUCAGUCAUGUCUCAGUUCAGCAACUCUAAGCAGGAGCACCACCACCACAUCUGCACAAUCAUCGGCACCAUGUCACAGGAACUCAAAGACCAAUCUCUCCCUCUUGUUCCCACCGCCUACUUCGGCGCCACCUGUUCCUCUCUCGAACGCCUCUCUCUCGAACCCGACCCGCCAACCCACAUCAUCGAUGCUCUCACCACCAUCCUCUCCUUGGUCGUCGAUCGUGUCUCCCCUUCCAUUUUGAAGAAGAAAUAUGACUAUUUAUGUGAUUUAAUUGUUAAAGUUCUUCGUUCGAAAUCGAUAACCCCGCUUGGUGUUGCGUCGGGGCUGAAAUGCAUAAAGCAGUUAUUAAUUGCUCAUGAUAAGGGAAAUUGGGCCGAUUUGUCUCAUCUCUAUGGUGUUCUGCUUAGUUAUAUAACUGACGACCGACCUAAGGUAAGAAGGCAAUCGCAUAUGUGUCUCCGUGAUGGCCUGCUUAAUUUUCAGGCAGUACCCGACCUGUUGGAGUCGGUGAUGGCACCCACACCUGUGCUGGCAGCUGCAAGUGAAGCCAUCACAAGCAUCUUUGAAAGGUUUCUUCUGCUUGCUGGAGGAUCAAAUGCAAAUUCUUCAGAAGGACCUAAAGGAGCACAGGAAGUCCUAUAUGUUUUGGAUGCUCUAAAAGAAUGUCUCCCUCUAAUGUCUAUGAAGUCCUCGACCAACAUUCUGAAGUAUUACAAAUCUCUUUUAGAACUUCGACAGCCCCUGGUUACCCGGCGCAUUACAGAUAGUUUAAUAAUACUUUGCCGCAGCCCAAAUGCGGAGUUUUCAUCUGAAGUGCUACUUGGUUUGUUAUGCUCACUAGCUGCUUCCAUCUCCACUAAUGAGACAUCCGCUGAUAGCCUGACAUUCACAGCUCGCUUGCUAGAUGUUGGAAUGAAAAAAAUUUAUUCUCUUAAUCGGCAAAUUUGUGUGGUCAAGCUCCCUGUUGUGUUCAAUGCACUCAGAGACAUUUUGGCUUCUGAACAUGAGGAGGCAGUAGUUGCAUCCAUGGAAGCAUUCAGGAGCUUAAUAAAUGUGUGCAUUGACAAGGGCUUGAUCGAUCAGGGUGUGGAUCAGAUUACAGCAAAUGCAAAUGUGGACACGAGGACAUCUUUGCCAACAGUCAUUGAGAAAGUGUGUGCAACUAUUGAGAGUUUACUUGAUUAUCGCUAUGCUGCUGUCUGGGACAUGUCGUUUCAAAUUGUUGCAAUCAUGUGUGAGAAAUUAGGUGAAAAAUCCUCUUACCUUUUAAGGGGAACCCUUGGGAGCUUGGCUGACCUGCAAAAGUUGCCAGAUGAAGACUUCCCCUACAGGAAACAGCACCAACACUUUUGGCUUCUGGAUGGCCAUGGGUCUGCCUGGCCCUCUAAUAGAGGUCACAUUGGAUUUGCUAGUUGUCCAUCGGAGUUAGUAUUCUAUGGAGUUCAUGUGCAUCAGAUGCAAAAGCAUCUGAUCACAAUUUCAUUUCUUGGCAUGCAGCUGCAUGAGUGUGUUGGAGCAUCUCUCGGUGCAAUGGGACCUGAAACAUUUUUGAGCCUUCUGCCUCUCAAUUUGGAGGCUGAAGACCUAUCCGAGCUGCAUGAGUGUGUUGGAGCAUCUCUCGGUGCAAUGGGACCUGAAACAUUUUUGAGCCUUCUGCCUCUCAAUUUGGAGGCUGAAGACCUAUCCGAGGUCAACGUUUGGCUUUUUCCAAUUUUGAAGCAAUAUACUGUUGGUGCUCAUUUAAGCUUCUUUGCUGAGUCAAUUUUGAAUAUGGUUGAGCUUGUGAGGCGGAAAUCUGCGGUGCUUGAGCGAGAGGGAAAAAUUUAUUCAGCUAGGAGUGCUGAUGGACUUGCAUACUCUUUAUGGUCAUUGUUCCCUUCAUUUUGCAACUACCCAUUGGAUACUGCUUACAGCUUCAAGAAGAUAGAGAAAGUAUUGUGCAAUGCUCUUCUAGAAGAAACUGAAGUUCGUGGAAUAAUAUGCUCCAGUUUGCAGAUCCUAAUUCAGCAGAAUAAGAGAAUUCAGCAUAAACAAGAUAUGUCUGACAUUGAAAUAAGCAUUGGCAGGCAGCGAAUCAUUGAGCAUUAUAAAAAUCCGCAGGUUGUUGGAGGUAAAAAUUUGACUGCAUUGAGUUCCUCUGCUCAGGAGUUAUUGUCUGUUUUAUCAAGAAUCUUCUUGAAAUCGCAUAAAGAUGAUGGUGGAUCUCUGCAGAACACAAUUGGUGAAUUGGCUUCAAUAUCAGAUAAAAAAGUAGUCACAGAUCUCUUCAAGACUACAAUGCUACAGCUUUUGAAGGUGACUCAAGAGGCUGUCAAAGCACAAACAUCAUCGAAUAAAAGUUCACUGUCUCUAGCAAGGGCAAAAUUCUUUGACUUGGCAGUUUCUCUUUUGCCUGGCUUAGAUGCCAAAGAGAUUGAUCUUUUAUUUGUUUCAAUAAAGCCUGCGCUAAAGGGUGUUGAAGGUUUGAUCCAGAAGAAGGCAUACAAAGUUCUUUCAAGUAUUCUCAGGGCUGAUAAUCUUGCUGGAUUAAAUGGAAAGAAUCGUGAUGAAUUUAUAUCGGGAAAGCUGGAGGAGCUGCUUGAUCUGAUGAUUGAAGUGCUGCCUUCGUCUCAUUUUUCAGCCAAACGCCACAGGCUUGACUGUUUGUACUUCUUAAUUGUCCAUAUUUCCAAGGACAACUCCAAACAAAGGAGGGAUGACAUCAUAUCCUCCUUCCUAACUGAAAUUAUACUUGCACUGAAAGAGGCUAAUAAAAAGACAAGGAACAGAGCAUAUGAUAUUCUUGUUCAAAUUGGCCAUGCCUGUGGGGAUGAAGACAAAGGUGGAAAAAAGGAAGUUCUGCAUCAAUUUUUCAAUAUGGUGGCCGGAGGCUUGGCUGGUGAGACGCCUCAUAUGAUCAGUGCAGCAGUAAAAGGCUUAGCUCGCCUAGCUUACGAAUUUGCCGAUCUCAUUUCUACUGCUUAUGAUAUUCUUCCAGCCACAUUUCUCCUCCUCCAGAGAAAGAACAGAGAGAUAAUUAAAGCUAAUUUAGGUUUAUUGAAGGUAUUGGUAGCCAAAUCACCCGCUGAAGGCUUGCAAACACACUUGAGGAGCAUGUUGGAAGGUCUGCUAUAUUGGCAGGAUGGUGCCAAGAACCAUUUCAAAGCUAAGGUUAAGCUGCUUCUUGAAAUGCUUGUCAAAAAGUGUGGUUUGGAUGCUGUUAAGGCAGUCAUGCCCGAAGAGCACAUGAAACUCCUUACUAAUAUACGAAAGAUCAAGGAGCGGAAAGAAAGGAAUCAUGCUGCUAACUCUGAGGAAACCAGAUCUCAUCACUCAAAAGCUACAACAACCAGGCUAAGCAGAUGGAAUCAUACAAAAAUAUUUUCUGAUUUUGGGGAAGAAGAAACCAAUAGUAGCGAUGCAGAUUUCAUGGAUGCAAGGACAGUUUCAGGUCGACAGAGCAAAGUUUCCUCACUCUUUAAAGCAUCCUCAUUACGGUCCAAGAGGACACGUAAGGUAGACAAGAGCUUGCCAGGAGACGUGCUUGACCAAUUAGACGAUGAGCCACUUGACUUGCUUGACCAGCAAAAAACUAGGUCAGUUCUUCGAUCAUCUGAGCAUCUCAAAUGGAAGCCUGAAUCAGACGAUGAGCCUGAAAUAGACUCUGAAGGGCGCCUGAUAAUUCAUGAGGGAGGGAAGAAACUAAAGAGAGAGAGGUCCCCUGAUCCUGAUUCUGAUGGAAGGAGUCAAGCAAGUAGUCAGUUAUCCGUAAAGUCAAGAAAAACCCAGAAGCGCAAGAAAGCUUUGGGGUCUGGGUGGGCUUACACGGGGUGUGAAUAUACUAGCAAGAAGGCAGGUGGGGAUGUAAAGAGGAAAGACAAGCUUGAGCCAUAUGCCUACUGGCCACUUGAUCGCAAGAUGGUAAGCCGUAGGCCAGAGCAUCGGGCAGCUGCACGGAAAGGUAUGGCUAGUGUAGUAAAGCUCACAAAGAAGCUUGAAGGCAAGAGCGUUUCAAAUGCACUCUCUAUUAAAAGCUUGAAAUUUAAGAGAGGCAAAAAGAAGAGCAGAUAAAAGAAAUGCAUAUAAUUCUGUUUUAGUGGCGUCAGCUGAAGAGAUAUCUGCACGCGGGUAGCCUGAGGUUUUCAUGCCAUUGACAAGAGGUUCCUUUUUUUUCUUCGGUCAUAUAGGAAAGAUGUUCAGACACUUAAUUAUUUUGUGGCUUUAAUUUUAAUUUUUUCUUUCGUGGUUUGUUUAGGGGGAGGGAAGUUCUGUGUUUUUUU